CCGGCGGCCCGGGGCUCGUGCAGACGGGAGCCCCUUGAGUGGUGCGCCGGGGACGUGAGUGCCCCUUGCCUUCUCCGGCACCCGACCCCUUCCCCGCCCACCUCGUGCGCUUUGGCUCGGCUUCAGUCCUCCGAGCAGGCCCCGCCCUCCGCCGCGGCCUCAGCCCGCCUGGGAGGCCGGCCGCACGGACCCAGGUGCGGCCAUCCUGCAGCCGGGGUCCCCGAACCGACACCGGCCCGAGGCGACGGCGGGAAAAGCCCCCGUCCCCGCCAGAAUAGAGAGGGUCAUCGCGCGUCCGCAUUCGGGUUCGGCUGGCUUCAGCCCGCGCAAGGACAGAACACGCGUGCGCCCCGCGAGCUUGCGGGCGCGCUGCAACUUCAGCAAGCAGCCCCGGGUGCACGCCGCCGCCUUCUUCCCGGUGCUGCCAGGCGGUCAUAGCCGCCGGAGCUCCGCACUGGGGGACUGAGGGCGCAGGGAGUGGGCCGGACUGGACGCGGCGACACAAAAGGCUCCCCAGGCAGGAGGGACCGUGGCCCUGCGACGGCGCCGCCGCCCGGGAUUGCCUGCGCUUCGGCCCUGCGCGUCUGACUUCUCCUGCUCUCUCAGGCCGACCCCCAGCGCGACCUCGCUCCUCGCCCGGAGCACCGCGAUGGAGGUCCCGCCCCGGCUUUCCCAUGUGCAGCCGCAGCCGCCGCCAUUGUUCCCCUCCGCUCCCGCUACUCUAGCCUCCCGCAGCCUCUCCCAUUGGCGGCCGCGGGCUCCCCGGCAGCUCGCCCCGCUCCUCCCAUCGCUUGCUUCCAGCGCCUCCCGGCAGGGGGCGCGCCGGACCCCGCGCCACGUCACCGCCCAGCAGCCCUCCCGAUUGGCGGGCGGGGCGGCUAUAAAGGGAGGGCGCAGGCGGCGGCCGGAUCUCUUCCGCCGCCAUUUUAAAUCCGGCUCCAUACAACGCUCCGCCGCCGCCGGGACCCGCACUGCGCGCCAGCACCCCCUCGCCGACGGCUCCGCCAGCAUGGAGGACGUGAACGAGUACAGCAACAUAGAGGAGUUCGCAGAGGGAUCCAAGAUCAACGCGAGCAAGAACCAGCAGGAUGACGGUAAAAUGUUUAUUGGAGGCUUGUCCUGGGAUACAAGCAAGAAAGAUCUGACUGAGUAUUUGUCUCGAUUUGGGGAAGUUGUAGACUGCACAAUUAAAACAGAUCCAGUCACUGGAAGAUCAAGAGGAUUUGGAUUUGUGCUUUUCAAAGAUGCUGCUAGUGUGGAUAAGGUUUUGGAACUGAAGGAACACAAACUGGAUGGCAAAUUGAUAGACCCCAAAAGAGCCAAAGCUUUAAAGGGGAAAGAACCUCCUAAAAAGGUUUUUGUGGGUGGAUUAAGUCCAGACACUUCAGAAGAGCAAAUUAAGGAAUACUUUGGAGCCUUUGGAGAGAUAGAGAAUAUUGAGCUCCCCAUGGAUACAAAAACAAAUGAAAGAAGAGGAUUCUGUUUUAUCACAUACACAGAUGAAGAGCCAGUAAAGAAAUUGUUAGAAAGCAGAUACCAUCAAAUAGGCUCUGGGAAGUGUGAAAUCAAAGUUGCACAACCCAAAGAGGUAUACAGGCAGCAGCAGCAGCAACAAAAGGGUGGACGAGGCGGAGCGGCUGGUGGACGCAGCGGAGCUAGGGGGCGUGGAAGAGGUCAGGGCCAAAACUGGAACCAAGGAUUUAAUAACUAUUAUGAUCAAGGAUAUGGAAAUUAUAAUAGUGCCUAUGGUGGUGAUCAAAACUAUAGUGGCUAUGGCGGAUAUGAUUAUACUGGGUAUAACUAUGGGAACUAUGGAUAUGGACAGGGAUAUGCAGACUACAGCGGUCAGCAGAGCACUUAUGGCAAGGCAUCCCGAGGGGGUGGCAAUCACCAGAACAAUUACCAGCCCUACUAAGGAGGCCAUGGGAGAAAGCAGCGGGAACUUCAUUGCAGGCCGUGUGUCACCCUGACCACGUCUAUCUCUGGGGGUCGCACGUUGCGGGCAGAGCGCAAGGCAUACACCAGAAAACGCUGUCCUGUGGUAUGGUCUCUUCCAACUUCAUGUACCAGCGUAAAGAUUAAAGUGGAAAACUUCAGACUUUGGCUUCUUUUUAAUCUUUUUGGAGAUUAAGUGUCUAAACUUAACUUAAAUGGUUUUUUGCAGGAGUUAAAGUACAUAAAUGCCUUUUUACAGCUUAAUCAUUUUGGUCUUCUGUUUAGUGUUGUAUUUCAAUUGUGGAGCCUCAUUUUAAGUGUCCAUUCUUUAAGAUUUAAUGCUUGCUUUUUCUUUUUAUAGCUAAUAGUGAAAUCUACAAACCAAAACAAGAACUUUUAAAUCUGGGAUAUAAGUUAAAGAUCAUAUGCACAAAGCAAUUCGUUGUCAUUUUGAUAAUAAUAGACCUGCCUGAAAUUUGUGUUGCUGAUAACAUUCUAUUUGGCUUACUAGAUAUGCUUCUAGUUGGCCUUCAUCUGCUAGGCUUGUAACUGUGGGAAGAUUGCAUUCCUAUGUUCUAAAGUAAAUCCACUUAAUAUCAUUUGGGAACUCCACAGUGAGUUUUUCAAAUACUCAAACUAUACUUUGUCACUGAAUAUGCAUGUGAUCUUUAAUUAUUGAAGAAAAGAAUAAAGUGAGGACUUAAAACAAUUCAUGAAAAUGGACCUUUGCAAGCUUGUGAGGAUUGCACACAUCUAACAGUUGUUUUGUUUUUGUUUUAGGGGGUGUAAAGAAAACCAUCUUACAGGACAGACAUUGAAGAUUGCUUGAUCUUCUGUUGACCUAAGAUGAUUAUUUUGUAAAAGACUUUCUAGUGUACAUGACACAACUGUGUCCAACUGUAUAUAGCUGCCAAUUAGUUUCUUUGUUUUUACUUUGUCCUUUGCUAUCUGUGUAUUGACUCAAUGUGGAUUUGUGUUUAUACAAAUUUUUAUUUGUAUGAUUCAUGUUAAACCUCAAAUAAAUGCUUCCUUAUGUGAUUGUU